AUGAUUUCGCUUAUUUCUCGCAAGAGAAAGCUUCACACAGCGCUCGUUAACGCAAAAGCAAUUCCAGACAUGUGGCUACUUUGUGUGUUACUCUUUGUUCCGGAAAUUUUCUCAUUUAAAGUCUACAAAGAUAUCGUGCAUGGCGAAACCUUUGUGGAAGAUUGGGAACCGCAUAAAAAUAUUUCCGAGCACAUUGUCGAGUUUGCUGCGGAAAUGGCGCCGUAUUAUUUCGCUGCCAACUACGACGACUAUGGAGAGUUUCGAACGGAAAAAGUGCGUGACACUCGAUACGAGAUCGAUAAAGUCGUGAAACACCAUUGGAGGGAGGUCACUUAUCGAAGCAUUGAUGAUGUGAAACAGAAAUUUCACUAUGAUAUCAUCCCCUAUGCGAAAAAUUAUCACUUGGCGCAUGGUCACCCGUUACCGGAGAAUUUUGAGGAUGAGAUGAUGAACUUCUUGGAGGAUUUGAGAUUCAAAUACAUUCGAAUGUUUAUUAGUCGAAAUGCGACACGACACGAUCAAGUUUAUAUCCCGAUUUUUGUCGAGAUGACAAUCAUCCGAGCAAGGCUCACUCCAAGGGUUCUUUUGAUAAAAGAUUUCUAUGAUAUUGUCGAAGAUGACUCGGCUCCAGUCCCAGAAACGGCGGCCCUAGAUGAACGAAAGAAUGCUCAAAUGAAAAUCGAUAAGAUGGGACUCGAUUUGGGCAAGGUUGUUCUCCCAGCCGACGCGAUGGCAACAACCACAACUCCGGUGACAACAACCGUCCUUGAAACUACAGCAGUCACUGAAGCUGAAACGCCAAAAGUUACAGAGGCUCCAGUACCGGAAACUACAGAGGAAGCCGCAACUGAAGCUGUAACCGAAGCUGCCACUGAACAACCUCAAGUUGAAGAAGUAGCAGCGCCAACUGAGACUUCAAUAGUUGAAGAAGUGACAACUGAAGCACCUGUAGAAGAAACAACAACUGUUGAAGAACCGACAGUAGAGGAAACAACGGAAGAACCGGUGACGGAAGCGACUGAGGCUGUUACUGAGCCUGUCACUGAAACGGUGACAGAAGAACCGGUGGAAGCGGUGACAGAAGAAGUGACUGAAGAGCCGAUAACAGAGGAGACUGUCACCGAAGAGACGGUCACAGAAGAACCCACUGAGGCACCAGAGACUGAAAAUGUUGGAGAGGAGGAAACGGCUACUGAAGAACCGGCCACAGAAGAAGAGCCAGUGACUGAAACGGUCACAGAAGAGAUCCCAACUGAACCUCCAACUGAUUCCGAGCCUUUGGGUGAUGACUCUUCUGUUGACACGGUGGUUGAUGGUGGACACGGUGAUGGUGGAAAUGAUGAAGCUGAGGUGGCAAGAGCUGUUGAGGAAGCGACGAGUGAUGAUUUCGCGGCUGAAUCUCCUCCUCACAGUGACACCACUUAUUUAACUCCCGUUGAACCGGGCCCGAUCAUUCUAUUAGAUGAA